AUGCAGAUCGGCACAGAAGUCUACCACACGCUGAAGAAGGUUAUCAAGUCGAAGUACGGCAUUGACGCGACGAACGUUGGUGACGAGGGCGGUUUCGCACCGAACCUGCACUCGGCUGAUGAGGCGCUGGACUUGUUGAUGGAUGCGAUCAAGAUGGCCGGCUACGAGGGCCGCGUCAACAUUUCGCUUGAUGUGGCCAGCUCGGAGUUCUACAAGGAUGGCAAGUACGACCUUGACUUCAAGAACCCGAACUCGGACCCAAGCAAAUGGAUUUCUGGUGCCGAGCUCGCUAAGAUCUACAAGGGUUACAUUGAGAAGUACCCCAUCACGUCGAUUGAAGAUCCCUUCGACCAAGACGACUGGGAGGCCUGGACGAUCUUGCGCGAGUCGGCCGGCGUCACGAUCAUCGGUGAUGACUUGACCGUUACGAACCCGCUGCGUAUCAAGACGGCCAUCGAGAAGAAGGCUUGCAACGGUCUUCUGCUCAAGAUCAACCAGAUCGGCACGAUCACCGAAUCGAUCCAGGCUGCUCAGCUCGCUCAGUCGGACAACUGGGCUGUCAUGGUGUCGCACCGCUCGGGUGAGACAGAAGACACGACCAUUGCCGACCUUGCUGUCGCUCUCAACUCUGGUAUCAUCAAGACCGGUGCGCCUGCGCGCACGGAGCGUGUGUGCAAGUACAACGCACUCCUUCGCAUUGAGCACAUCGAGAAGGAUGCUACGUACGCCGGUAUCGACGGUUUUGUCCGCGGUAAUGAGGCUCCAAAGGUUAUCCGCAAGUAA